AUGACUCGCCACCAAAGCAGAACCGAAUAUCGAGUUUCUAAGUGGGUUUCGGCUCACAAGGUUAAAACGGCGCUGAAGCAACCGUCGCAUAUUUUGAGAGGGAAGCUCCAAGAAAUCCCUGGGAAAACUACCUCUGAGCAGCACAACCAGAAUCAAUCCAUCUCCGAUGCCUCCAAAGACCAACCUGGGAGCUCGGAUUCCAGGGAGGGUUUCCAAAGCAUGGUCCGCAGGUUGGAAACAAUUGCGUCGGGUAUUUUGAAAUCGUACCGUCACCUCAAAUAUGAAGCCACCGGUGCUCUCCAAACGGGUCACAGGAUAUACGGCAAGCGUUUAAGCCUCAUUCUGCGGGAGAUCCGGACCGUCAUUCUCCUCCCGAGCGCAGACCCGGACGCGCAAAUCCAGUGCACGUUCAGCCGCCGAAUAUUAGGGCUCGCUAACACGGUGUCGUCGUCGUCGUACUCGGCCCUCUCCUAUGUUUGGGGGGAGAGAAGCCACCCACGGACAAUCUUAGUGGACGGUGCCCCCGUGCCAAUCACAGCAAAUCUCUUCGCCGCUCUCAGGCGACUCCGCCGGGAUAGGGAACCGCUUGAACUGUGGGUUGACGCUUUGUGCAUCAACCAGGAUGAUGUCCAAGAACGGAACCACCAGGUACGCCUGAUGGGCGACGUUUAUAAGCGUGCUGAUGAGGUAUUGAUGUGGCUGGGUGAAGCUGAGGAUGAUUCUCACCUGGCGGCUGAGCUGGUGGAUACUCUGCACGGGAUCAUAAGGGGAAAGGAUCCCCGGGAGACAGGGAAUGAAGACAGAAAAGCACAAUCUAUACUCGACCUUUGCUUAGGCGAAGGCAUUGCCCCGGGCUUACAGGCGCUCAACAGCUUACUGGACAGACAAUACUGGGACCGGGUGUGGAUCGUGCAGGAAGUGCUCUUGAGCAAGCGUCUUUACGUGUGUUAUGGGUCCUUUCGACAGCCGUGGGAGCAUUGGCUCGCCGCCCUCAGCCUCAUAGGAAGCCUCCCGGUCGAAGUGCUCCCCGACAAAUUCAAGUCAACGCCAGCAGAGCGCGAGGUGAAACCGGUUUAUUCCCUGGUAACUGCUUACAUGAAGGGACUUAGGUUCAAAAAGAGAAUGUCCUUGUUAGACGGCCUGAUUCUCUACCGAAAUCGCGAGGCGACCGACCCACGAGAUCACGUUUACGCCAUUCUGAAUCUCGUUGACGGCAAGAAGAGCGGGAUUCAGGCCGACUACAGCUUAUCCGUAUUCUCUUUAUAUCGAUCGGUGGUCGUCCAGACAAUUGAACGAAGCCGAGACUUGGAUAUCCUCAGUGCUUGCAAGCGCUCGUUCUCGGAAAGUAGUAGCACCGACGGCUCCGAACUGUACGGGAGGGAUUUCGAUAAACAUAUGCAAAUUAAUGUGCUGGCUUGGAUUAAGGUCCUUCCGGAAGCGGACGCAAGUGGAGGGGCCCAGAUCGAGGCUUGGGUCCCAGCAGCUGAAGCAUUGCUGAAAGACGUCAGAGAGACUGUUUUGCCAUCAUGGAUACCGGACUGGCGCAUCCGGUCUCUUGAUUCGGCGCAAAUAAACACCAUCGGCAACUGUCCCUUCAAGGCUUCCGGCAACUUCCCCCCUGUCGUCGAAUUCAUAAAUGAAACUCUGAUGGCGGCCGCUGGGAUACAUGUGGGCGUUAUCAGCGCUGUCGCGCCAGCAACGGUGGGCGGGCUCCGCAUUGACAGUGAUUGGGCGAUGUGGCGCGAUGAGACCCAUCCAAAGCAUGUCUACGGCGAUUUGAGAAAGCAAAAAGAAGCGUUUAUCCAUACCGCUCUCACGGGCCGAAACGCUGACGGAACACGACGGACCGCCCCAGUCUUGGUCGAAGCUAUGCAUAGCGUGUUCAAACUAGACGACGCGGCGGAAGACCAUCAAGAUACUACCAAAGACCAAUGUCUGGAAGAAGGAUUAAAGCAACCUGAGGCUGAUGGAAAGGACGACGGGAUGAGUCCCGAAGACGAUAACGCACUCAUCCUUCGAAGUUUUCACUUCACAUUCUGUGCCACGGAAAACGGGUUUAUGGGCCGCGUGCCCAUUGGGACCAGGGUCGGCGAUGUAGUGGUUAUACUUCUGGGUGCAAAAGUCCCCUUCAUCGUUCGCAAGUAUGAGGACUUCGACAUGUACUAUCUUGUUGGCGAAUGUUAUGUUCAUGGCGUUAUGGAUGGGGAAAUGCUGGAAGAUCUGGAGGAAGCAAAGACAAAGAUGCGGGUGUUCUGUUUAGUUGUGGUUGUUUCCGAGCUAUGGGUUCAUUACCUAUAUAAGCUAUUUCUCAGCGAAGGACCCUCCGCCGAUACCGCGCGGUGCGCCUUCCACCCCAUUUUCAUGCGCGGCAGCGCUUGGUGGUCUCGUAUCUGGACCAUGCAAGAGGCCAUCCUCUCUCCGUCUUCUACAAUGCUCUGGGGCCCCUUGCACAUGCUACAGCGCUGGCGCUACCGGGGUUCCGAGGCAAGCCGCAUUGUGCGCCUGGCAUGCCGAGCUGGGCGCCUCUUCUAG